AUGAUUGAGGAUGCGGCUCAGUUAAUAUUUAACUAUGUUGUCAAGAAUUGGAGCCUAUCCCAAGUCAUCAUUUCUGACAAUGAUGCUCACUUAACAAGGUAA